UAGCCCACCGUACUGCGAGAAAUCAAACGCAACAACAUCUCUAGCUGCAUUCCCACACCUCAAUUCUCUCCGUAUGAUCCAUAUAUAUUGUAGGUUCAGCUAAUUCAAAAUCUUGAGGCCAAUAAGCAAAAGCAGUAAAACUGAACACGAAAAUCAUCGACCAAAUGGCGAUGCCACGCCCGAUCCUAAUCCUCGCCGCUCUUCUCUGCGUCGUUCAAAUUAGCUUCCUCGCCCGCCGGGCCGCGGGCACGGGGAAGACCAGCCAGCUGACCGUGUUCUGGGGCCGGCACAAGGACGAGGGCUCGCUCAGAGAAGCCUGCGACUCCGGCAUGUACACCGCGGUCAUCGUCUCCUUCCUCAACAUCGUCUCCGGCCACGACAACGCCAAGUACAACUACAACCUCGACCUCAGCGGCCACCCGCUCGCCGGCAUCGGGGACGACAUCAAGCACUGCCAAAUCACCGGUGUCCCCGUCUCCCUCUCCCUCCGCGGCGCCGGCGCGCUCCCAACGAACCAGUCCGCGCUCCACCUCUCGGAUCACCUCUGGUUCUCCUACCUCAGCGGCUUCCAGAAGGGGGUUCGCCGGCCCUUCGGCGACGCAAAGCUCGACGGCGUGGACUUCUUCCUCGACCACGGCAAGGAGGAGGAAGAGUACUACGGGGUUCUGGCCAAGGACUUGCAGGCCAAGCGCCGGCAGUCGCCUGCGGGGACGACGAAGCCGCUGCAACUGACGGCGACGCCCGGCUGCGCGUUGUUAACUGCAGGCCGCGCGCUGGCGGCGGCCGGGAUUACGUUGGAGCGGAUCCACGUGAGGUUCUACGGCGACGCGAGCUGCAGCGGCGGCGCGUGGGUGGAGGACGCGUGGGGGAAGUGGGCGGCGGCGUACCGCCGGCCGGGCAGCCGGAUCUACCUGGGGCUCACGGCGUCGGGGAAGACGGAGGACGGGUACUUGUACCCCAAGGAGCUCUACUACGGCGUAAUCCCGGAGGUGCAGAAGGCGGCCAAUUACGGCGGGGUCAUGCUGUGGGACAGGUACUACGACAAGCGGAACGAGUACAGCAGCUACGUCAAGUACUGGGCUUGACAAGUUGAGACUUGCAGAAGCAAGCCCACGCUCGUGUGCGCGAACUAUCGAAUGAGCAGGAGGCCCAGUUUUCGUGUUUUACUGUUUUAAAUAGGCC